AUGGAAAGAGGAAACCAAACAAGAGUCAGAAACUUUCUCCUCCUGGGAUUCUCAGAGAACCCGGACCUGCAGCCUGUCCUCUUUGGGCUGUUUCUGUCCACGUACUUGGUCACAUUUACCGGGAACCUGCUCAUCAUUCUGGCCAUCAGCUCCGACUCCCACCUCCACACACCCAUGUACUUCUUCCUCUCCAACCUGUCCUUGGUAGACAUCUGUUUCACCUCCACCACCGUCCCAAAGAUGCUGGUGAACAUCCAGACACAGAGCAGAGCCAUCACCUAUGAAGGCUGCAUCACCCAGAUUUUUUUUUUCAUUGUGUUUGGGUGCCUGGACAAUUUACUCCUCACCAUCAUGGCCUAUGACCGCUUUGUGGCCAUCUGCCACCCCCUGCACUACGCCGUCAUCAUGAGCCCUCGGUUCUGUGGACUGCUGGCUCUGGGGUCCUGGUGCAUCAGUGUCAUGGGCUCCCUGCUUGAAACCUUGACCGUCUUGAGACUGUCCUUCUGCACAAACAUUGAAAUCCCACACUUUUUUUGUGAUCUCCCUGAAGUCCUGAAACUCACCUGUUCUGACACCCUCGUCAAUAACAUGGUGGUAUAUUUUGUGACUAUUGCCCUAGCUGUUCUCCCGCUCUCUGGAAUCCUCUUUUCUUAUGCUCAGAUUUUGUCCUCCAUCCUGAGGAUUUCCUCCGCUGGUGGCAAGUACAAAGCUUUCUCCACCUGUGGGUCUCACCUGUCAGUGGUCUCCUUGUUCUAUGGCACGGGGCUGGGGGUCUACCUCAGUUCUGCAGCCACUUCAUCCUCUAAGACAAGUUUGGUGGCCUCAGUGAUGUACACCAUGGUCACCCCCAUGCUGAACCCCUUCAUCUACAGUCUUCGAAACAGGGACAUGAAGAGGGCCCUGGGGGAACUCCUUACCAGGGUGGUAACUGUCAGGAAUAAAGCAGUUUCAGGACCCCCGGUGAGUAGCUGA